CUGUCUGGCACCACGCAUAGCCCGUGUAUUCGUCUGGCCGGCUUAUGGAACAUCUCCUGGAUACUCUUCCCUUGAGCCGACGGUAGCAUCCGAAAACGGCUGUCUACACUGGACACGCGCUGUUCGAGAGUCCGCCAAACGACCGAAAUGCCUUGAAUCGCAACUGACACCACUACAUCCUCCGUCUCCAACGCCGUACCUCACCAUGUCAACCGUCGUUAGGGGCACGAAACGGAAGCUGGAGGAUACGAGCGAACCUCCAGUUCGUCACAUACACUCCUCCCCUCGAGCCAUUCAGGACGAACAUGUCGUGGGUUAUGAUGCGCGAAACAACGGUACAAGACCAAGGACCGCAGGCGCCCAAGUCAUCGCAAUCAGUGAUAAGCCUCAGCCAAAUGCUGCGCAUGCUCCAGACCGCCUUAUCUCAAUGAGCUCCUCUUCAGCGCCUGUCAAGGCCCCCAUACAGACGUCCAGGGUCUUUGGAAAAGAUGCAUCUAUCGUAUUGAUCGGUAUCCGAGGAACUGGGAAGUCGAGUCUCGCUGUGAUAUUGUCCACAGCAACUGGAAGACGCCUGGUUGAUGCGGAUCGAUAUUUCCAGCAAGUGACAGGGCUCUCCCGUGCAGCCUUCAAGAAGGAACGCGAUGUAGCGGACUAUCGUCAACAAGAAUCCAAGGUUAUGGCGCAGAUGCUCGCAGAACAUCGAGAAGGCUGUGUGAUCGUGUGUGGAGCAGCAUCAGUGGAGCGCGGGGGACAGAAGCUGUUGGAGGAAUAUGCGAAGACAAACCCAGUCAUUCACGUACUCCGUGACGCUGUCAGCAUUCAAAAGUGCCUUAAGGCAUGGGACACAGACAAGGUCAGCCGCUUUCUAGAAAUCUCAGGACCGCUUUACCGGGCAUGUUCGAACCUAGAGUUCUUCAAUGUCUCAGAGACUGGAUCUGAACCCCAGGAUUCGCGUACUGGCACAGAUGAAACAUCCGAAUCAGAAUCGGAUCAACGGCCGCCUCCUUUCUUGACCUUGAAAAAGCUGGAGCAGGACUUUCUCCGUUUUGUAGCGUUUACAACGGGAAAUACCGCAGAUCUCAGGAAGUUACAAGCUGGUUUUCCGUUGUCAUUGUUGCCAGUCGAAUCAAGGUCAUACACGUAUGCUGUUUCAGUACCAUUGUCCGGGCUUUUGAACAGAAAUAUGGAUAUCGAGGAAUUAGAGGCAACCACCGACGCGUUUGAGAUAGUGAUUGACCUCUCGGAAGGCGCUUCUGAUGAUCACGGAUUAUCAUCUAUACUUGCACACAAGAUCAGCCAGACCAUGGCAACUGUCCGACGGAAUAUCAUUGUGCCCAUCAUCUAUCACGUUCAAUCUGUACAAAGCGCGAAUGUUGCGACUGCUGCAAAGCCGAAAUUGCCUGAUCAAGCUUAUUCGAAUCUGGUGGAGCACGGCCUCAGACUCGCCCCUCAAUUCCUGACAGUGGACUUGUCAUACGAUGAUUCUAUCCUGACCCGGAUCAUCUCUGCCAAAGGUUUUACCAAAAUCAUCGGUCAUUUCUCUUCAGACGGAACGCAAAUUCGAGACUGGGAUGGGGAUGAAUACAUGAAGAUCUAUGAACGCGCUGCCAGGAUAGGCUGCGACCUUGUCAGAAUAUCGCAACCCGCACUGAGAAUGGAGGAUAACUUUGCAGUUCAGAGGUUCCGCCACCGCAUCUCAUUACUCCCCGAACCACAUCCACCUAUAAUUGCGUACAAUACCGGCGCCCUAGGGCGUCUGUCUUGCUGCUUCAACCCAACCCUAACACCUGUGACCCACGCUUCUCUGAUAUCGCCAGAUAAUAUACGGAACUCUCCGUCCAUUAUGGCGCGCGAUGCCCAACAGGCCCUCUUCACAUCAUUCGUCCUCGAUCCGAUGCGCUUCUACGUUUUCGGUGCCAACGUGGAGUUCAGUCUAUCUCCAACGAUGCACAAUGCAGCUUACAAAGAGUGCGGCAUGCCGCAUCACUGCAAAGUGCACCAGGCCGACUCCCUACGAAACCUGAACGAGCUCGUCGAAGACCACAAUUUCGGAGGCGCGAGUAUCAGCUUACCUUACAAGACUGAAGCCAUCCCACUACUACACUCAAUGUCGCCUCACGCUCGUGCUAUUGGUGCCAUCAACACCAUACUCCCUAUCAGAACCAUCCGGGAAGACGGCAGCAUCGCGCAAGAGUCCGAUCUCUACAUGGAAAUGAACAGAGCAGGCCCCGUCAGAGCCCUACAUGGAGAUAACACCGACUGGAUAGGAAUCCGCAAUUGCAUCCGUCGCGGCCUAUCUCCCGCAAAUGCAGUCCGACCAACCACGACCGGACUCGUGAUCGGGGCAGGCGGAAUGGCACGCGCAGCUAUCUAUUCUCUCAUCCAUCUCGGCGUCGAGAAUAUCUUCUUAUACAACCGCACGAUCGCCAAUGCCCAGAAACUCGCCCAUCAUUACAAUAAACAGGACAUCAAACGGACAGGUACAGUGAUGCAGAACGUCAAAGUGACCGUUCACAUCAUCGAGUCUCUCAAUGAUCCCUGGCCAGCAAACUAUAAACAACCAACCAUCAUCGUCUGCAGUAUACCCGCGCACAGUAUGGGAGAUCAACCAGCUCCGAACUUCACAAUGCCUGAACACUGGCUCGAAAGCCCCACAGGCGGCGUAUUGGUAGAGCUAGCAUACAGACCCCUCAAUACCCCUCUCCAGAAACAGAUGCGCGCCCUCUCCCACCGCGGCUGGAUCGCUCUCGAUGGUCUGGACGUCCUUCCGGAACAUGGCUUCGCGCAAUUCGAACUAUUCACAGGCCGUCGUGCUCCUCGACGACUAAUGAGGACUAUCGUUCUAAAAGAAUAUCGCGGCGACGAAGCACAACAUGGUCCACGCUCCAUACGGUGGAGACUCGAAGAGAUCACUGGGCAGUCGACGUAGACAAGGGCCCAUUGGUACGUGUCUUUGCUUAUUUGAUGUAAACCCAAUCGGGUCAGUUUUUGGUGGUCUCUUUUUUAUUCCCGGCGUUCAUAAUAUGUGGGAAUCAUUCUUGCUGGUUGUAUUGUAGUGUGGAUUGUGGUGUGAGAAGGUUGGGCUUAUGUAUAAUCCACCAGACCCUAGUGGAUCCUUUACUCCACGAGAUAUAACAAACAAAUAACAUGAGGGAAAUACUCAUUCCACUUAUACUCGGAAAAGUCUCUAGAAACAUCAGAUUUGACGUUUGCAGGAAAUGACACUACAUUCGAAGCACCCACACCAUUAAGUAUGGAGUCUACGAGUAGCAUGUGG